CCUGCUGUAAAUAUCCCGGGACGCAGCGGCGCGGCCCCUUUAAGCAGAGCCCGGCAACCGUCUGACUCGGGCAGAGGGGCUGCGCACCUGAGGAGACAGAUAGAAGCGUGCAUUCUGAAUGACGAGGACUGAUUGCCAAAGUGGAACCCAGCCACCCUUCUUCUGAAUGUAGGCUAAUGAUGAAUUGGCAAGAAGCCAGCAGUUCUCCCAGUGACUGUGUGAGCCGUCCUCUGGCAAAAUGAAUAUUCCUUGAGAAAAGGUCUGGAACGUUCUUUUUGUUUAGAAUGGGAGAGAGAGGAAGGAGCCUGGAUUCUGGACACAACAGAAGAUCAGGGAGCGAUAAAAGCAGCGAUUCUUAUUAUUCCGAUGAUGAUUCCUCUCGUGCCUCUGACCACUCGCCAACCAUUAGCACUCAGUCUACAAACACUGGAGCAAAAAGUAGCAAAGCACAGAAUUUGAAGAGCCUUGCACAUUACCAAGCCACAAAGCAAAUUGCCUCUAAAUAUGCACCCAGCAAAAGAGGGAUCCGCUGGGGUUAUCGCUCCCAGAGCCUCAACAGGGAGUCUCCUGCCAAAGAUAUCGGUCUUGUUACAAAGCGAGUGCUUUCUGCCAGGUUGCUGAAAAUUAAUGAGCUUCGUAAUGAACUGACUGAACUGCAUGUCAAACUCGAUGAGCUGCAGAAAGAAAAUAGGGCACUGAAGCGGCUUCAGUACAGACAUGAGAAAGCUCUGCAUAAGUUUGAGGACACCGAAAAUGAAAUCUCUCAACUCCUGGCACGGCAUAACGAUGAAAUGAGAAUACUGAGGGAGCGCUUAAGAAAAUCGCAAGAAAGAGAACAAACGACCGAAAGGAAGCUGCGGAGUUCAGAGGAGGAGCUGUCCAAGGCCAAAGGUAGCUUACAAAAAUUAAGAAGACUCGCAGAAGACAGGCACCUCCCCGAACGCGACGAGCUGGCUAAGAAGCUGGCCUUAGUAGAGAGCAGGCUGGAUGACAGCGAGAAGAGGAUUAAGGACUUGGAGAAGAACCUUGAUCUUAGUAAUAGUAGUUUUCAGAGGCAAUUGCAUUCUGAGAAAAAGAAAUUAUGUGAAGCCCAGGAAGAAAAUAAAGUCUUCCAAGAGGAAGUCCAGCGCCUAAAUCAAAAACUAAAGGAAAAAGAAAGAGAAUUAGAUGCAAAAAAUAUAUAUGCUAAUCGAAUGUUAAAACCUUCACCCAAAAAAGAUGCUGAUAUUACACCAAGAAAAAAAGUAAAUAAGAAUACUAAGAGAGAAUUACAGUUAACAAAAGGAGUACAGACUUCUGGAUACAUUUCCCCAGUAGAAUUUCCUUUGCCACCAGAUUUGAUUUCAGAUGAAAUACCAGAGGAAAAGGAAGAUGAUGUCCAUCUCAGAAUGGAGCAAGUGGAUAAAAAAGAAUGGAAAGAACAAGCUGAAAGUUUCCAGCAAGAACAAAGCAGAGAAAGAGAAGAGCGACUGAAAAGUGACCAAGAACUACAGGCGCUAGAAGAGAGAGCGAAGAAACUGAGAGAUGAAUGGGAAAAAGAAGAAUCUGAGAGAAAGAAGAAAGAAAAUAGUAUUUUGCUGGAAAAAGAAGAAGCAAAGAUGGAAAUAUACAGUUUGGAGUAUGGGACACAAAUUAGUGACAGAGCAGAAGAGGAAAAACGGAAGGAAAUUCUGCUUGCUAAGAUGUAUGAAAUCGACAGAGAAACCCAAAUCAAUACAAAGGUCACUUCCCAAGAGCACACUGCAGAUUCAGUAACUAUACCUUUUUCCUUGGAAAAAAAUAAGAGAUCAUACCAGUACUCAGACACAACAGAGAAACUGUUCAAUGGUUUUCUGGAAUAUGACCAGCCCAAUACGGUUACAAAAAGAGAAAUCCAGAAACAGCAAAAUACGGAGACUGAAUGUUCAAGCAAUGAUUUGACAUUUGGUAGCUAUGUACCUUCUUUUGGGAAAGUGUCAGGGAGGCCAAAUUGGCUUAAUCAAAAAAGUGACUUCCAAGAUGAACCCACUAAGGGAAAUGUAGUCCUUGAUAUUAAGAGAGAGAGAAAGUCCAAUUUAAUGGAGCAGCUGUUCGGAAGCAGUGCCAAUAUCACUCCACCGAAGAGAAAUGAUUUGGGUCCUUUUCGACAAGACAGUGGUACAAACAGUGUCUUUCAGGAUAAAGGCACUAUGGUCAAAGUAAAUGAUGAUAGUGAUCUUUUCUUUAGUGAAGGAAAGAGCUUUAAUCCCAAAAGGCAUCGCUUGCAGCACACAGCAAGUAGACCAGCUGUUAAGGCACUUGAUUACUUAGAAGAUGAAAUUGAGGAAGUACUAUUGCAAUGAUUGUAAUCUGCAAAAUUCCAUGCAUGUAAAUAUUACAUAUAUUUAAUAUGCUAUUUAUAGUUUUAAAAAUGUUACAAACAUGAAGUGAACUGACACAUGUGCUGGGGAAUUAGAAUUUUUAGCCUGAUGAGUGAUCAAGAAUGCACCCCUUUCUCUAAUGACCUAAACAACUAAAAGUAGUGACAAUUACAGAUGUAACAAGCUGUAGGGAUUUCUUAGCCUGGCCCCACCCAGGCUACCUGAAUGUGGUUAUUUUCCCCCCAUGUCUACAUUUUGUAAACAGAAUAAUUUGCCCUUCUACUUAGAAGCAGUAACUUUUAAAUGUUCACACCUCCAUGGCACAAAGCUAACACAGGAACUGGGGUAUUUCUGCCUGACAUCAUUAAGGUAAUUUUGCGUUCGCCACAAAAAGAAAUAAGCCAGAAUCUAGCCAAUAGUUGUUGUUUUUCCUAGCAGUGUAGCAUCUUUCCUCAUCCGCCAUUUUUAAAAUGGUCUCUCUAGGACUGCAGGCAAGUAAAAAGGUAUUCAUGACCCUUUGCCAAUUUUGAGAGCAAUUCAUGCCCUGCCUUACACUACUAAGAAAGGGUGCUUCUGCUAUGGGAAAUCCCCUUAAGUGUACAGAGUUCCCUGUGCAGGCAAGGCACUGCAUGCAGAAAAAGACUGGAUUGCCCUUUUGUUUUCAACUGUUAACAUGUUGAUCUAGUCUUGCAUAAUAGGCCUAAAUGCUUUAUUGGAAAAAUCAAUACUUAAGCUAUUUAGCUUUUAAUAGAAGUGGCUCUGAAACAUUCAGUAAAACAGAAUGUAUGACUUAAUGGGGGUCUAGAUUAGAUAAAUUUAUAAUUUGUUAUCACGCCUUCUCUUGGAAUAGUUAUGAGAAAAGGUUAUAUAAAUGAACCUAGCAUUUACUUAAAUUGUCAUGAGCUCCAACUCCAUUCCAGUCCCAUGAACCAGCCUACUUGGCAGCAAAUGGGAUGUGGAUUACAGCUGUGAGCACAAUCUACCUAGUGCAGUGGAAUAAACUUUAGGCUGGU